GCGGGCAUUGCUCAGGAUGGUGCAGUUUUCAAGCCCUGAGCUUUUGCAACAAGUUUUAAAAAGUCAGAGUGUAUCAUCCCACCUAGCCACUAUGUUGUCAUCGCACGACUUAAAGAUUAUUGUUGGAGCUAUUCAGAUGGCUGAGAUCCUUAUGCAGAAGUUACCUGAAAUUUUUGCAAUUUACUUUAGAAGAGAAGGUGUAAUGCACCAGAUUAAGCGACUCUGUGACCCAGAUGCGACUUUAGGUCCUCCUCCUGCAAAAUGGAGCAGUCCUGAACUCUCCCUAGGGCCUGGCCGUGGAGGGACACCCAGCUCAGCCAGUCCACUUCUGACUGGACGACCAUUCAACGGUAAUUGUUUAGACUCGACCCCAUCUCUUCCAACCCCACCAAGUCAGGAUGAAGAUAAAUUGCAGAGCCCAUCCCAGCUGCGUCUAGCUGAUGUGCUCAAGCGGAAACGAGCAACUCGUAUUCGAACUGGAAACUGGAGAAAGAGCAGGCAAGAGGAAUCACCUGCAUCAUCAUCAUUUAGUGAAUUCUUCAUGAAAAAUGCUGGCUUAGGUGGAGGACGAGAGAGCUGGAGAGGCAUGGGGAGUCGGACCAAACUAGUGGCAGGCACCAACAGUGGCAGUAGUAGUAGUGGAGGUGGUGGGGGAAGCAGUAAAUCCUCUUUCCUUGCCAAUUUCAAUCCAUCACGUUGGGGGAGGUGCAGUUCUGCCACAUCAACACCAACCCAUGAAUCUCCUUCAGGAAAGGACAAACUAGUUGGUAAUAGUGUGAGCAACAGUAGCAGUAGCAGUAACAAGGAAGUGGUUCGUGUCUGGGUGAGGGAACAAGCACAGCGUCUCAACCAAGAGUACUUCUCCACAGAGCUUCAGGGAGCCACACACCCUGCACUUAGUGUCCUAAAUAGACUUAUAGCAGCCAUACAACAAUUGGAACAAGAUCCAAACUGUGCUGUUAUAGCACUGAGGGAAAUCAGCAGAAUUGUGACUGAUAGUGAUAUCAGUCCCUUUGAGGUGAUACAUUCUGGGCUGGUGUGCUGCCUCUUGUCCUACCUCACAGCAUCUGAAAAUUCUACUAUGUCCCUAACGCAAGAUGGAAGUUUAAUGGCAGCCAUUGGAGGCACAGGCAACAGCACAGAGAAUGGGAGCCUUACGUCUGUCAGUAUAAGCACACCGCGGGACACCCGACUCAGGAAUUUCCUUCACGUCUUCCUUGGUUGCCCAUUGGACCCAUUAAGCCUGGGCAAUGUGGACACCAGUCAUAUUGCAUUGUUCAGUGCCCUUGUGACAAAGCUCAAUGGGUGUGUCAACCAGUUGGAACAGUUUCCUGUGAAGGUCCAUGAUCUCCCAGGAACUGCUCUUUCAGGGGUUGGGAGAGGAGGCUCAACCUCUGCCAUCAAAUUUUUCAACACGCACCAACUGAAGUGUAACCUUCAACGCCAUCCAGACUGCACGAGACUGAAGCAGUGGCGAGGUGGGCCAGUAAAGGUUGACCCUCUGGCUCUUGUACAGGCUAUUGAACGUUAUUUAGUUAUCAGAGGUUAUGGUCGACUCAGGGAUGAAGACGAUGACAACUCCGAUGAUGACAAUUCUGAUGAGGACAUAGAUGAUACACUGGCUGCAGUAUCUGUCAACCAGAGCUCUUCAAGUCAUAAACUCCAGUUUGUCAUUGGUGAUCACGUCUUGCCGUACAAUAUGACCGUUUACCAAGCUAUUAGACAGUUCUCCUCACCAUCUGAUGCUAGUGCCUCAGAAGCAGACACUGAUACAGAAACCCCCAUCUCACAUUCAGCCAUUUGGCUUCAAACCCAUACAAUUUAUUAUAGACCUGUACAAGAGGAGGAGCAAAGUCGAAGUUCAGGAGGAAGGAAGGGCAAGGCUGGAGGGUCAAAACCCAGCCCAAAGAAAAAAGCAGAUGCCCAUGUUGGAGAUGGUAGUAUUGUGGGAGGAAACAAUAGUGUUCUGGACCAGUACCUGACUGCUAGCCUACCAGCCAGUGUGACUGUAAGUGACCCGAGCUUAGAAGUGCUGGCAUUGUUGCGAGUUCUCCACGCUCUCAACCGCCAUUAUGGUGCCCUCUACCCCCCAGCCACUUACCCGUCCCCACUACCAACUGCUGAGUUCACAAACCUGAAACUGACAGCCAAAGCAAAUCGGCAGUUGCAGGAUCCUCUGGUGAUAAUGACUGGCAAUGUACCACCGUGGUUGCCUCAGAUUGCUUAUGCAUGUCCUUUCCUGUUUCCCUUUGAGACUCGACAAUUACUGUUUUAUGCAGUGUCCUUUGAUCGGGACCGAGCUUUACAACGACUUAUGGACUCUUCUCCUGAGCUCAACUCUGUGGAUAGUAGUGAAAGAGUAACCCCAAGACUUGAAAGACGUAAGAGAACUGUCUCUCGUGAUGAUAUUCUCAAGCAGGCAGAGGCUGUGAUUAGUGAACUGGCUUCUUCAAGGGCCAUGCUAGAAAUUCAGUAUGAAAAUGAAGUUGGUACAGGCCUAGGACCUACUUUAGAAUUUUACGCUCUUGUAUCCAAAGAACUCCAGAAAGCUGAUCUAGAGCUUUGGCGGGGUGAAACAGUGACAGUGGAAGAAAGAACUGAAGAAAAUAGAGGAAAGGCAGUGAAAUACGUGAAUGCCAGUCAAGGCUUGUAUCCAAUGCCUGUACCGAGAAACAUGAAAUCUGCCCAAAUGACUAAGUUAAGAGCAAAGUUCAGAUUUCUUGGAAAGUUCAUGGCUAAAGCUGUUAUGGAUUCCAGAAUGCUGGAUCUUGGUCUUCAUGAAUGUGUGUACAAGUGGCUCCUUGCUGAAGAAUGGUCUCUGGGUCUUGGUGAUGUUGUUUCCUUAGAUCCAACGUUGGGCCAGACCCUCACACGCCUUCAUGCUACAGUUUUACAAAAGAAACGUAUAGAAGCUCAGGCUGAACAGGAAGGAAUCUCAGGGGCUGAGUUACAAGCUCGUCUCGAAACCCUGACUGUAGAUGGAUGUAGUGUGGAAGACCUUGCGCUGACCUUCACAUUACCUGGCUAUCCUAACAUUGAGUUCCGAAAGGGUGGCUCAGACAUUGCUGUCACUGUACAUAACCUUGAUCAGUACCUACAGCUUGUUAUUGAGUGGUUGGUCCGAGAAGGAGUCAGAAGGCAGAUGGAGGCUCUACGUGAAGGGUUUGAGUGUGUCUUUCCCCUGACUCAGCUCCGAGUCUUCUAUCCUGAAGAGCUUGAGCAACUGUUCUGUGGCUCCUCGGAUGCCUCGAAGUGGGACAUGAAGCAACUUGCUGAAUGUUGCCGUCCAGAUCAUGGAUAUACGCACAACUCUAGGGCGGUUAAGUUCUUGCUGCAGAUUAUUGCAGACUACACACCAGCUCAGCAGAGAUCCUUCUUACAGUUUGUUACAGGUUCACCAAGGCUGCCUGUUGGAGGUUUCAGAAGUCUAUCUCCAGCACUUACCAUUGUAAGGAAAACUUUUGAAGCAGGAGAAAACCCUGACGAUUUCUUACCUUCGGUGAUGACCUGCGUUAACUACCUGAAACUACCAGACUACUCCAGUAUUGAUAUUAUGAGUGCCAAAUUGGAGAUAGCGGCCAGAGAGGGCCAGCACAGCUUCCACCUCUCAUAGGAAGUUUUUGGACCGGCAGAUGAUGCUCAACCCACCAAUUUUUGGGCUUCACAUUGUGAUAUUCUAUGAUUUUUAUUUUAUUUUUUAUUUUUUUGUGAAUUAUUACCUUGUUUAUUUGUUUUUUGUUUUGUAUUUGUUUUUUUUUUAUGUAUUUGGUGCAUUGUGUCCAACAUCAAUUCAUCCUUAAGGUAGAGAGUGACAAGAAGAGUCAAAGCUGGUGUGAAUAUGCUUUUAAGCUCUUGGAACGAAUGCCGAAAGGCAAGCAUUUACAGUACUGAAAAAAGAAGCAUGGGAGUGACAACUAAUUCUCAUUUGUGAUUUAUAUAGCAUUCCUGGGGAUGUAUUCUUUAUUGUGCCUGGUGACAGUUUCUCAAGGUAUCUCCAUCUCAUGGCCCAAGCCUCAACUCUACAGUUAUAAUUUAUUAUGUGAAUAUGUAGACCAAUAGUUAAACUAAAUCAAUGCUGGGUGUUCAGUGAUAAAAUCUCAGCUUGUCCUAGAUAUAUGUAUGUGAAAAUUGAAGAGUUAAUUGUUUGAUCACAACUACCAUUUAUUAUUCUGGACACUUUAAAAAGACAUUAGAGAAGGAGUUUACUGUAUUUGUGGAAAGUGAACUGUGAUAUCCCCAUUUUUCAAUUUUCCACAAGCAGCUUGGCUUCAGACAGCUGGUUUUGGUUUCAGCUACGUAGUGAUUGUGAUGUUGGGCACGCUGGAGAACUAGGAUCCAAGCACUUUUUUUAUGGAAGAUUUCAGGCCGUGGAUUUUCAUCCGUUUGUGUGUAUUCAGAUGAAGACAUAAUCUCACAGAGCAUUAAGAUGAUAAAUGAUCUCGUCAUUGUUUCCAUUUGAAGAAUGUCGUGUUUGUUUUCUUGUUUUUAUGGCCCACGUUUUAUUGGUAUGUUGUUAAGGUGUGGGUCGUUGGUAGGAUAUAAUUUAAUUUUUUGUACAUAUGAUUUACUCAUUUUAAAUGAGACCAAAAGGCAAUUUAGUUUGGUUAGUGGACAAUGACAAAGUAACCAUCUGAGGAUUAUUUGUGGGGGAUCUCUCUCAGUAACAUUGCUUAUAAAUGUCAAUCCUAGUCAUUUGAAAGAUAGCAUCACAGUGGACCCAAAUGUAUUGCAGUAAAAGCUUUUGUGAAACAGAUUCAGCAAGGCCAAGAUGCAAUUUUUUCUGUAAUUGUAGAUUUAAUACUUGAGAAAAAUUAUUUUCAAUCCUUUACAAAAUGUAUUCAUUUUUCUGGGAUAUUAUUUGAUUACCAUGCUCCUCUGAGAAUUUUGUAUAAAGCUUUGAUUUAUUUUCUCCUGUCAGAACUGCAGGUCAGUUAAAAAUGGAAGAGUGGGCAUUAACUGAUUUACAGGCAAGAAUUAGUGGUGGGAGUGUACCAUGAGCUACAGUGAAAUACUGCAUAUAAUAUGCUGUCACUGCAUUCAGUAACUUGAUUAAGGAGGAGGACUUGCCCAAACUUUGGUAGGUUAUUAGUAAUGUUCCCGAUUUAUAUUUUGGUGAUACCAGAUAUGAUUAUGGGUUAUGAUUUCUCAGAUAAGCAUUGACAGCAGAUGUGAAUGAAUUUUUGAGAGCUCUUGAUGCCUUAUGGAUGAAAGGAGCAUGGUUACAAAAGAAAAAAAGAAAAAAAAAAAAAAAAGAUAUGCAUAGCAACCACAAACCUUUUGUCAGCAGUGUUGCAAUGGUGUCAGACACACCUAUUUUAUUUGUUAUCACUUAAACCAUCUGCAGUAUUGAGUCCAUCUUGAUUUGCUGUUACUUUUGGGUAUUCUUUUGUUACGUGAGACCUGCUGGAUUGGCCGUAAAAACAAUUGCUCUCAAAGUUUUUUUUUUUUUUUUUUUUUUUUUUUUUUUUUUUUUUUUUUAUUGUUAAAUGAAUACUUUUAUUUAUUUGUAGUAUCUUUUUUUUCUCUCUCUUUUUUUGGCAGUCUGCAUCACAGGUGUUGAACCAUGAGCUUUUUUCUUCUUUGUCUUCUUCUUAUUCCUUCUUUAUGUGUGGAGGAAAGACAGGGUGAUUUGUAUGCCUGAAUUGAGCAUAACUUGGUUCAGUAAUUAUGAGUUCUGAUGACUUCCUCGGCACAGACUUUUGGGUCAUUGGUUUUUGCGUGAACAUUGGUAUUACAUUGAUGCCCAUGCUUUUGCACCUGUCAUUCUGAACUGGCCAUACAUUGAUGCUCCCGGCAUGUCCAUUAUAUAUAUCUUUUGAGUACAUGUCAUGUUUAUCAGUGCCUACCUUAAAUUGAUGUAUAUUGUAAGUAUAUAAAGAAAUCACAUAACUGUAAUACACAGUACAUAAUAGUUUUUACAGAAAACAAAUGUGAUAAUGUAAUCAGUACCCAAGAACAUGUCGCUAUGAAUGUGUAAGCGAAGUUUUUGUAUUUGCCUUGUGAACCUCAGUUUAUUAUGGUAGUAACUUUUGUGAUAGUAAUUUUUUUAGUCACUUUCUUUUUGUGUGUCAUUGAGUAUUAAAUUCAGCACAUGU